AUGAACGAGUGGCUCAAUGCCGGUGGCAUCCCCCUUGCAAUUGCUGCGCAGCCCAUGUGGUUCUUCGGCCAGUCUCAGAAUCAACCACCAUGCUAUCCUACCUGGGCUAUUCGGGCAGGAAAACAAGCCCCAGGUGGUAAUACCUGUGCUGAUUGGGAGCGUGUUAUUGUGGUUUGGGCCAGAGGUCCAGACAACAAGUGGCGUCAAUCUCGGCUAUUCCUAUCACAACACAAGGGAUACGACAAGAAGAACUGGAAUGAUAUUCAGAACACGUUUAAGGCCGACGACGCCAGCAAGCCUCGUGGCGGCGAGAACGGAAAGAGGGGAUACGCUCAUCCCAAGGUUUACGUUGCUUGGGCAAAGCAUGCUAUCUACCACGACCGUAACACUGGAUGGAACGAUGUUUUGUCUCAACAGCUUGGCCAUGCUUUUCGGUCGCAGGAUUGGUGGUAUUACCCUUCCAAAGGAUCUUACAUCCGAGCUGAUCGUUCCACCGACAUCGGUCGUCAGAUUGCGGACUUGAACUGGGGCGAUGCUUCAAGCACCCCUGCUAGUGUUCACGAUGGACUCUGUUCUAUUUGA